AUGGGACAGCGACAUCAGUUCUAUGUCAUUGCCAAAAUCAAUGGGUGCCAUCGCCUUCUAGCCGCCGCUCAUCAUCAGUGGUGCUAUGGUGAUGCCGCAAUCGCUCAGUGUCUGCGAAUACUAGAGAUUUUCUCUGCAGCUGKCAAUCUUUCUGGCAUCCAAAGUGAUCUUCGGAGUGCUCUGGAUAUAGACUGGGAGAAUGACAUUUGGGUCGACAAAUCCAAGAAUCAAGCCUGCGAAUUCCUCUUCCCCUUCAUUGCCACUUGCCUCACAAGCGGCUCUUCUGUCCUUUUCCCUCUCGACACUCACUUCAAAUACCCCGUGAACGAUGAUGGGAUCACAAUUUACGACAUUACCGAGCCACAGAAUCCUCGAUAUGCUUUCAUGUUUCCAUUCGAAAAUGUCCUCAUGGAUGCUCUCCAGUAUUCCGAACGCUACGAAUACGAAUAUGCUGACGAAGAAGAGUUUGACGAAGAGAGGUUUGAUGAAAAGAAGCCUAGACGGCCUACGACCUACGAAUGUAAAGCGAAUUCGCCACCCGAUAUCAGAUCUUGCCUCGAUCAUCGUCCUGUCACAGUGGAAGCCAUGUAUGACGUCUGGCCGCAAUGGUCGCAGCAAGAAAUCAAAUUCCAUUCCGACAUGCAGGRUGUCAGCGCUUCUAUGGUACAGGAUCUGAGACCUACUCUGAAAGAACAGUCUCUAGCUCGACUACUCGAUAUUGCUGAAGAAUCUACGGAUCUCGACUGGUUGGCCGAAGCUGAGUCUCUACCAGGAUUUCGAACCGCUCUUAGGACCAAGUUGUAUCGUGACCCUAGAAAAUUAUCAUCGACGCCCCUGGGUUUGGAGCUGCUGGCAAGGGCGUUUUCAGGGGAAUCUACCAUCGACCUCAGCCCCUUUCUACUUUCAUAUGAACAAGUUCAGAAAGUUCUCCGACAAGCUUGGGAGGGCACAUCUCCUACCUUUAGGUCGCUUUCUUUGCCUGACAUCGAGAGUCUCACCACGGUCAAUCUCAAGAGCAUUAUCGACGACUUUACUCCCUCGAAGCUUAUCCUGGGCAUCACAUCAAGAAUCUCCCUUCAGGAACAACUUCAAACAGUCCAAAAUACCUCGGUCAUGGACUUCAUAUCUCACGCAAUGUACAAGCGAUCCCUUGAGAUGAACAGCAGGUACAGCCACAAGCCUUCCACACUACCCCCGGCAAAGUUCCUCGACCAGCAGUCACAACCGCAGAUGGUAUGUCAGCUGGUGAUUCUCAAACACUUUCAACCUUCGUGGGUUGAGCCAGCUCCUCGUUCACCAAGCGGWGCGAUCAAGUGGUCAGAGCUCGCUCCCCACGCUGAUGAAUGGGUUUACAACGAAGAUCGGUCAACCGCAACUGUGAUACUCCCAUUGCGCGAUGCACCCAUCUCACCGAAUAGGAUAUCAUCUCUAAUCCCUAUGCUCGUAUCCCUCAGCGAUAUCAAAUCUCAUGACACCAUAUCUUUCUUCAUAGGUCCCUUUGUCGAGAAAAUCGUCAAGUCCUUUGCUUCCGCCGACGAGGACAGAAGGGUUCGACCUCUUCCAGCGGAACUCAUGGCAGAAUAUUACCGGUUCUUUCAAGCGAGCUGCGAAGCUCCACUCAAGAGACUGGAACUUGGGUCGAAUCAGUGGACGCUGCUCGUCACAUGCGAGACGGCUCGCAACUUUGACGAAGUUCGCGGAAUUGGAACUUCACAUAGUAAUGCGGGAGACGUUGGAAACGCUGCGGAAUCUGCUGCAGAUCUUGAUGCCCCUCGAGCAUUCGAUGAUAUGUUGGCCAAGUUGGCUCAUAUGGACAUUGCUCCGGAGCAACAGCUCAGAUACUCCUUCAUCCGCCGCGAUCAAAAAGGUGAAGUGUGCAUCUUGAAUGCGACUGACUUUGUGCGAACCGCACUCGAGGGUUUUGAGGGCCAUAUACCGGACUCGGAAGCUAGUUGGAAGGAGGGUGUGAAGCAGUUAGGUCGGAACAUUUCAAGACCUCUUGUGCUAAGACCUUGUGAUCCUGAAGAGGUACACGAGGCAUUGACUUACCUGGAUGCCAGAGAUUUGCGGAUCGAUAGGUUUGUGGAACUUAACAAGGAGGCCCCUGAGUGGUGGAGGGAGUCUCAGCUAGAAAGGUGA